GCCUGGCCGCCGCAGUCUUAAGGGCCGGGCGGGGCAGGGGCCCAAAGUGCGGGGUCGGCCGGGUACUGGGCCGAGGCCGAGGCCGGGGCGGGAUCCAGAGCGGGAGCCGGCGCGGGAUCUGGGACUCGGAGCGGGAUCCGGAGCGGGACCCAGGAGCCGGCGCGGGGCCAUGGCGAGGCGCGGGCCAGGGUGGCGGCCGCUUCUGCUGCUCGUGCUGCUGGCGGGCGCGGCGCAGGGCGGCCUCUACUUCCGCCCGGGACAGACCUGCUACCGGCCUCUGCAGGGGGUCGGGCUGGCUCCGCCGGGGCGCAGCACAUACCCCCGGCCUCAUGAGUACCUGUCCCCAGCGGAUCUGCCCAAGAGCUGGGACUGGCGCAAUGUGGAUGGUGUCAACUAUGCCAGCAUCACCCGGAACCAGCACAUCCCCCAAUACUGCGGCUCCUGCUGGGCCCACGCCAGUACCAGCGCUAUGGCGGAUCGGAUCAACAUCAAGAGGAAGGGAGCGUGGCCCUCCACCCUCCUAUCCGUGCAGAAUGUCAUCGACUGUGGUAACGCUGGCUCCUGUGAAGGGGGUAAUGACAUGUCCGUAUGGGACUAUGCCCACCGGCACGGCAUCCCCGACGAGACCUGCAACAACUACCAGGCCAAGGACCAGGAGUGUGACAAGUUUAACCAAUGUGGGACAUGCAAUGAAUUCAAAGAGUGCCACGCCAUCCGGAACUACACCCUCUGGAGAGUGGGAGACUACGGCUCCCUCUCUGGGAGGGGGAAGAUGAUGGCAGAAAUCUACGCAAAUGGUCCCAUCAGCUGUGGAAUAAUGGCAACAGAAAGAUUGGCUAACUACACCGGAGGCAUCUAUGCCGAAUACCAGGACACCACCUAUAUAAACCAUGUCGUUUCUGUGGCUGGGUGGGGCAUCAGCGAUGGGACUGAGUACUGGAUUGUCCGGAAUUCAUGGGGUGAACCAUGGGGCGAGAGAGGCUGGCUGAGGAUCGUGACCAGCACCUAUAAGGAUGGGAAGGGCGCCAGAUACAACCUUGCCAUCGAGGAGCAUUGUACAUUUGGGGACCCCAUCGUUUAAGGCCAUGUCACUAGAAGAGCAGUUUAAAAAAAGGCAUGGUGAGCCAUGACCAGAGGGGAUCCUAUGGUUAUGUGCGCCAGGCUGUCUGGCAGGAACGGGGGUGGCUAUCAAUAUUGGAUGGCGAGGACAACGUGGUACUGGCUGAGAAUGUUCCUGAGAGUUGAAAAUGGGAUGACUUAUCAAC